GAAGGGGUUGGGGUGGAAGGGCCCAUAAAGCCCGUCCAGUUCCGAUCCCCCUGCGGUGGGUAGGGACACCUCCCACCAGGUCAGGCUGCCCGUCCAACCUGGCCUUGAACACUUCCAGGGAUGGGGCAGCCCCAGCUUCCCUGGGCAACCUGUGCCAGUGCCUCACUACUGUCAUCGUGAAGAAUUUCUUCCUAAUGUCCAGUCUAAAUCUUCUUCCAAUUUAAAGCCAUUCCCCCUAGUACUGUCUUGUCACCUGUUACAUGCCCUUGUAUAAGCCCCUCCCCAGCUUUCUUGUAGCCCUUUUCAGAUACCUGGAGCCCCCUUCAGACACUGGAAGGUCGCUAUAAGGUCUUCCCAGAGCCUUCUCUUCUCCAGGCUGAACAACCCCAGCUCUCUCAGCCUGUCUUCUUACGGGAGGUGCUCCAGCCCACUGAUCAUCUUUGUAACCCUCCUCUGGACCUGUUCCCACACGGUCCCUAUGAUACAGGAAGUAGUUACUUUACAAAAAAUGGAAUAUUUUUUAUUUAAGCUAAAAUAGAGUUGUUUCAUCUCAGUAAUUGCAUUUUUUCAAAAGUUAGGCAGAACGUCCCUCUGACACCAUGUUUAUUUUCAAGUAGUGUUUUUUUUUCGAGAAACUGUUCAUUCUUUGAAGAUGUCAACGUCUUCUGUGAAUAUGAUCUGUGUCUUCUGUGAUCACCUCUGUUUGCAGUGUUUCUCUGUCUCAAGUGCAAGGUCAAGCAGAGAGCUGGAGCCAGCUCCAAAUUAGCAAGAAUUUUGACUGUUGUGAAGUUCAUAAUAACUAUAAAAUUGGUCCUUGGAAAGUAAUAGAAUCUGCACAGUGUUUCUGGGAAAAUUUAUACAGAUGCAUGCAUAAUGUUUUUAACAACAAUAUUACUCCGGAAGAGAAUUCCUGGAAAACAGUGGAUUGGAAAAUACAGGCGACCAAGAACAGUCACACUUGCAAUGAAGCAAGCAAUGAUCCGAAGGUUGGAAAUCGAAGCAGAGAACGAAUAUUGGCUGAGUCGACCUUACCUAACACGGGAACAGGAGUACAAACAUAAUGCAGAAGGGAGACGUGCAAGAUGGGAAGCUUUCAAAAGCCUGGCAAGAGCCAAGUUCCCCGAGCACAGAUACAUCAGUGAUGAUUUAAACCACUUAAAUGUGACGAAAAAGUGGACAUUGUGAAUAAUACGGCAUGU